AAUAAACUAGGUACUGCUGAUAAGCAAAUACAAUAAGCACACUCUAGCUAAGAUCGCUCGCCUCCUUUAUUACAACCCUACUCUUGCUAAUCUAGUCGAGAUUAUUUUAAUAACGUUAAAAAGGACAAGUUUCUGGGAGAUUUUUCCAAAACAAUCGUCUGAUCUCCCAAGAUUAUAUUAGUUGCCGGUCACCUUUGCUUUUCUUUACAUUGGUUAUAUUAGUUGCCGGUCAUUUGACUUCACUUGCCGGUUGAUUCCGCAUUGCUUAUAUAUAACCUCCCUUACUACAAGCUUCUUUUCUUUCAUUCAUUCAUUCAUUCAACUGUUUGAUCAGUUUCAAGAGAUUCUAAAACAGCUUCUAGUUCUUGGCAAAUAUGUGUCCGACAUCAAAGGAGAAAGCACAAAACGGCAAUGUGAAACGCCUCGAGACCAGAACCUCCUCACUCGAAACGGAGGACUCUGAUUUGUUAAGAAUGAUGAACAGACCUCGGCCUGUCAACAUAGAGAGGAACCGGUCUUUUGAUGAGAGAUCCUUUAGUGAAUUAUCAACUACCCUGUCACCACCGCGCAUAUCUCAUAUCUUUGAUUUUCUAGACACUACGUAUUCUCCUGGAAGAUGGACUGGUAGUCCUAGAUCUGCCUGCGGCUACGAGACUCACCCCAUGGUGGGAGAAGCAUGGGAGGCGCUGAGGCGUUCAUUAGUGCAUUUUCGUGGAAAUCCUGUUGGGACAAUUGCUGCACUGGAUCAUUCUUCUGAAGAACUUAACUACGACCAGGUUUUCUUGAGGGACUUUAUUCCAAGUGCCUUGGCCUUUUUGAUGAAUGGAGAGCCUGAUGUAGUCAAGAACUUUCUUUUAAAAACCCUGCGCCUGCAAUCAUGGGAGAAGAGGGUAGACAGAUUCAAGCUAGGUGAAGGAGUGAUGCCAGCAAGCUUUAAAGUGCUUCAUGACCCUGUUCGGAAUUCUGAAACUAUCAUUGCAGAUUUUGGUGAAAGUGCUAUAGGAAGAGUGGCUCCUGUGGACUCUGGUUUCUGGUGGAUCAUAUUACUUCGUGCUUAUACAAAGUCCACAGGGGACAAUUCUCUGGCGGAACUGCCUGAAUUUCAACAGGGUAUGCGCCUUAUCCUGGAUUUAUGCCUUUCUGAAGGCUUUGAUACUUUUCCAACCCUUCUUUGUGCUGAUGGAUGCUCCAUGGUUGACCGAAGAAUGGGUGUUUAUGGCUAUCCCAUUGAGAUACAAGCAUUAUUCUUUAUGGCAUUAAGGUGUGCUUUGCUUCUACUAAAGAACGAUGACGAGGGAAAAGAGUUGGCAGACCGUAUAAGAACACGCCUCAACGCUUUGAGUUAUCACAUGCGCAAUUAUUUCUGGCUAGACUUGAAACAGCUGAACGACAUAUAUCGUUACAGGACAGAAGAAUAUUCUCAUACAGCAGUUAACAAGUUCAAUGUGAUGCCUGACUCCCUUCCAGAAUGGGUGUUUGAUUUCAUGCCAUGUCGUGGAGGUUACUUCAUUGGAAAUGUGAGUCCAGCAAGAAUGGACUUCCGCUGGUUUUGCUUGGGAAACUGUGUAGCAAUCUUGUCGUCUAUGGCUACUCCUGAGCAAGCCUCAGCAAUAAUGGAUCUUAUUGAAGCACGCUGGGGGGAGCUUGUUGGAGAAAUGCCGUUGAAGAUUUGUUAUCCUGCAAUGGAAAGCCAUGAAUGGCGGAUAGUUACAGGCUGCGAUACAAAGAACACUAGCUGGAGCUAUCACAAUGGAGGAUCAUGGCCAGUGCUUCUGUGGCUGCUGACCGCUGCAUGUAUCAAGACGGGGCGACCCCAGAUGGCAAGACGUGCCAUAGAACUAGCGGAGAGUCGUUUGAUGAAGGAUCAUUGGCCUGAAUACUAUGAUGGAAAGCAUGGCCGGUAUGUGGGGAAGCAGGCUCGCAAGUACCAGACUUGGUCUAUUGCUGGCUACUUGGUGGCCAAAAUGAUGCUUGAGGAUCCAUCUCAUCUGGGAAUGAUUUCCAUUGAAGAAGAUAAACAAAUGCAGACUGGGAUGAAAAGAUCUGCUUCUUGGGUUUGAAUUAAUUGCUGAGUGAUUUUUAUUAUGUUAAUACAAAGUUGAUAGUUUUUGUAAUCCAUUUCUCUCUUCUGUAAAAUUUACUACUGAAUAUUUGCAAGUUGGCCAAUUAAAAAAUUAAAAUUUUGGCUUAUUA